AUGGCAAAUCGAGGAUGCUGGUCAAUUCUGGUCUUCCUGCUCUUGUUAGCUUCGUGCAACUCUAGCAGUGUACCGCGGGUCCAAGCAGUAAAUGACAUAAGUACAAACCAUAAGCCAAAAUUCCACGAUUGUACACACUAUGAGCCAACGUUGAGAAAAGAACAGCCAACGGGUACACCUGUACUACGUGUGACAGCCUCCGAUCCCGAUCAAGGACAAACGUUAGAAUACAGCAUUGCCACCAUGCCAGAGGACCAGAAUUAUUUCAAUAUUGAUAAAACCACAGGGCAAAUCGUGUCGGCCCAUGUUUUCGAUCGAGAUGCACCAAUAAGAGAUCGAGAAAUUAACAUUACGGUACGGGCGACCGACAACGGAUCGCCUAGUCUGGCAGAUGUUUGUACUAUCAAGGUGACUAUUCUGGACAUCAACGACGAUCCAUCGAUAUUUCAUGAAUGCGUCUAUGAAGUGUCAGUGACGAAAGAUCUGCCACUUAACCAGUCCCUGGCCACCAUCUCAGCAGUGGAUCUAGAUGAUGAUGAUAACAACCGCAUUAAGUAUGAGAUCGUACAAGAACACGAAGAUAGCAGCUAUUUCGACAUCGAUGAGAGUAAUGGCUUGCUCACACUAGCUAAACCAAACGACCGUAGUCCAGGACAGUUUUAUACAAUUCAUGUUCGGGCGUAUAGUGAAGGCUCAAUGGAAAACCAAACACAGCAAACAAAAGUAAUGGUCCGUGUACUUGACCCUAACGAUCAUGCACCGUACUUCAUCAAGAUGCCAAUGGUCCCUGUGAUGCUAAAAGAAACGUUCCAACACUACAACAUGGUUUUAGCGGAGUAUGAAGCUGUUUCAAACGUAAAGAAAGAUGAUUUUGUAGAUUUCCAGAUAGUGCAAGGAAAUACUGACUUAACAUUUUUACUGGACCAAAUCAACAAUACGGUGGUUUACAUUAAAUUGCGAAGCAGCCUUGACUACGAAAGGACAACGAAUUAUACGCUGGUAAUAAGAGCAACGAACUCUCUUAACGAAUAUGCAGAAGUAUGUUUGAUGAUCAUGAUUGUGGAUGAAAACGACAACUACCCCGUAUUAGACGACAACACGGGAACUAUCCUAGAGCACGAGUUGCCUGGUACAUUUGUAAUGCAAGUCCAUGCCCGGGAUGAUGAUGGCACGGCUCCCAACAACAUUGUGUCCUAUCGGUUGGCGGACACGGAUAGGCAAUAUUUCCAAAUUGAUAGUCAAACGGGCAUCAUUACAUCGAUGGUGAAAUUCGAUAGGGAAAAGGAGAAAGCCUACGUGGUGAGUGUGACUGCGGAGGACAACGCGCCGUCUGUGAAAUUUAAGAACGGAAGCCCAAAUAGCGUUACAAAUUACUUUUUGAUUAAAGUUUUGCCGCAGUCUGAGAAGGGGAUAUAUGAAAACACUACCAUCAGUACAAAAGUGAUAGUGGUCUACAAAUACAAAGGAAAGACAUCUGAUAUAGACAUUGGACAUGCACAUGUGAACGAUCCAGAUGGUUUGGAUUUGUCUAACAAAACAUUUCUCUGGGACGAGGUAACAAGUGAAGAAUCUUUGAAGCUUUUCCAACUGAACUUCAGCACCGGUAUGAUAACAAUGUUGGAAGCUACACCUUGCGGACAGUAUGAUCUUCGUUUUCAAGUAGUUCAAAAUUCGGGCCAUCUUUCUCGACACAAUGUCUCGGCCCGAGCAACGGUGUUGGUGAAGGAGGUUUCGGAACAAUCAAUAGACCAGAGCGGAUCAAUUCGAUUCUACAAUGUAACGGCAGACGAAUUUAUAUCUCAAACACCGGAGCAUCGCAGCACACCGCUGCAUCGACUUCAAACGAGUAUUGCAACUGUUCUAAACGUCAGUUCAACCGAUGUGGACAUAUUCACGGUCAACAAUCGAAAGGUCCCUAAACUAUCUUUCCUGGACGUGUUCUUUGCGGUCAACGGUAGUGUUUACUCAACGUCUGAGGUGCUCAACGGUGUACUGAGUUACCAGCUGCAUCAACUGGAGGAAGACGUCGGAUUUCCGAUCGAGGUGGUUGGCAUCGAUGAAUGCGAGUUGCAAAGUAGUACUUGUGAGCAGUCAUGCAGGAAUAAGGUUCACAAAUCAGCCAAACCGAUCGUCGUCUACGGCAACGCAACUUCCUUCAUAGGAAUAACCACAUUCGUAGAGGCGGAAUGUGUCUCAGAUACUCCGUUGAUCACGUGCUUCAAUGGAGGCACGCUUGAGAGUAAUAGCUGCAUAUGUCCAAAUGGCUUCGAGGGUCCACAGUGUGAAUUGAUCGACAUCAGUUUCGAUGGCAACGGGUAUGCCAUUUAUCCAUCGAUCAUUGGUGGCACAAUUUCAAACAUCAGCAUUGAGAUGUUACCCCAACGGACAGAUGGUUUGGUGUUGUACAUUGGACCCAUGAGCUACAAUCCGCGUGUAAAGACACAACCGUUUCUUGCAUUGGAGAUAAUCGACAGUAUGGCGGUACUGCUAUUAGACUACGGAACUGGAACGUUCCGUAUCCAGGAUCAACAGAUAUUUUCUCAAUACGAUUUAUUGAGAGUGGAUAUUUCAUUGAAGCCCGAAACGAUUGAGAUGAAUACCUUGAAAAAUAAGGUUGCAAUUAGCAACAGCCGAUACAAAAAUAAGGAUUUUGGUGCGAGCAUUAAGACUCAUGGACCUGUUCAGUUGGGCGGUACAAUCGUCGAUUUCACAAAGCUUGGGUCACUAUACAACUGGACGCACAUACCACAGACAAAGGGGUUCAAUGGCAACUUGCGGACCCUGACAAUAAAUGGGCGCACGAUAGAUUUUCAACAGCACAAUUUGGCACAGAACCUUCAUAGCAGUCAGUGGCCAUUUGAAAGGGUCACAACGAUAUUUGCGGUUUUGUUCACUAUAAUUAUUAUUUUGGGGGUACUUUCAUGUAUCCACAUAGGCAAUAUAGUUAGCAAAAAAAACAACAACAAGGGCGUAAAGAAAACAACGAACCAAAAUUCACAGCCAUUACUGAAUAAUAAUAAAACCAGUAUUGGCAUUCCCGAAAAUGAUAGUAACAAAAUGCCGAACUACGAGAACCAUAAAGCCUCCGAACCAAACGUGCAGAAGAUUUUGUCGCGGCUUUACCGAGUGUAUUAUACCACAGCAACUUCGAGUUCAAGCUCCAACGGCAACCGUGAUGCUGGGAGAGCAUUGGCUGCUGCCGAACCCGCAGUACCAGUGCCUCCGGUGUCGCUGGACGAUGUGGCUGCUGAAGGACUCGGAAAAGCGACUGGUCCACCAGGAUCGCCGGUAGUGGUGCUGAAAGUGGUGCUGGUAGAGCCACCGCUGGACGACGACGAGCGACCUGAAAGUGGUACUAAGAUUGAUACUUGCUAA